AUGGGGCUGUGGAACCUUGCAACGGGUUUCUUCUCCAGUAUAGGAGCUGGUGCCCUUUGGCGGUCUAGCCGAGACCUCAAGAUUCUCAUCUUGUUGCGCUUCGUGAGGCUGCUUGGCUAUGGGGGCACAACUUUUGUGCUCGCGUUGUACCUCAACGCUCUCGGCUUUGAGGACACGCAGAUUGGGCUGUUUAUGACUCUCACGCUCGUGGGUGAUCUUGCCAUCAGUUUUGUGCUCACGUAUGUUGGCGAUCGCAUGGGCGUGAGAGUCACUGCCGCUAUCGGCGCAAUGUUGAUGUGUGCUGGCGGUGGUGCCUUUGUCUUUUUGGACAACUUCUGGCUCCUGUUGCUGGCCAGUAUUGUUGCAGUUAUCAAUCCGAGCGCAAACGAGAUUGAUCCAUUCAAGGCUGUUGAAGAGUCAGCCAUCGCCCGUCUCAGCACACCAGAGACAUGCAAUGACAUGUUUGCCUGGUGGUCCAUGCUGGGCAUGUUUGGCACUGCCGCUAGCAACCUCCUCACCGGCUGGGUCAUCGAUGCGCUGGAAGUCUCAGGCGUUGAAAAGAUUGACUGCUUCCGUAUCAUAUUUCUCGGAUACGCUGGCAUUGGCGUCCUGAAGCUGUUCUGCUCUCUGCUGCUUAGCUCGGAAGUUGAGCACGUAGCGAUCGAGAAAGAGAGCUGCUCGUCCCCGGCUUCUAGUCAGUACGAAGGUGACGACGAGGAGCAGAGCGAGACGGAGCCUCUUCUCAGCGGCAAUUCCCCUGAUUAUGGCGCUGCUAGUUCCAGGACCAUAUCUUCUAGUAGCACGGCUUCUCAGGAGAAGCGGUUGUUUACCCCUUCGUCCUUUAGCUUCAUCUGGAAGCUCUCAGUCGCCAUGGCGUUUGACUUUGUCGGUUCGGGCCUCGCGCAGAUCUCUUGGAUGACCUACUUUUUCAAACGAGAGUACGACAUACCCGAAGGAGCCCUGGGCUCUGCAACCUUCACUGCCGGCAUCAUCUCAUCGGUGCUCAACCUGGCCUCCUCUCCCCUAUCCAGAGCAAUCGGUCAAGUACAGACCAUGGUGCUCUGCCACACCAUCAACUCUAUUUCCUUACUCAUGGUCUCCGUACCAGGGAAUAAAUAUGUUGCGUUGGUCAUCUUCAUCUUCCGCAUUGUAACUCGCGAGAUUGACAACGCACCUCGGCAAUCGUUCAUAUCCGCCGGGGUUCUCGAUCAUGAACGUACAUCGGCCAUGGGUGUUAUCAACAUCGUCAAGACGGUUGGUAGCUGUUUGGGUCUGUACGUGACAGGCUUGUUUGCGGGGUUGGACCAGUUCUGGCUUGCCUUUAUUGUGGCCGGAGCUCUCAAGUUGGUGUAUAAUGUCUUGAUAUUGGUAUUUUUCUGGAGGAGACGGUAA